AUCUCCCUGUACCUUUUAAUAUUUUAAUUUAAUGCAUUGAAACGAUCUGGAAUUUUGUCACUUCUUUCGUUGAACAAUUAUUUCCUGUAAAACACAUUUGCAUAAAAAUAACACGAAAAUCAGCCUUACCAUUUCGUUUCUGCGAUUCGAUUAAUUUGAUAUACGGAAAGAGCGUUGAAAUUAUCAGAAAGUAGAUGUGAAACACUUUGGAUUUCGUGGUGAAAGUGAACUUCUAUCUCUCAUCGCCACUCUAUUAAAUCGCAAGUGUAUUAAAUUUUCGUGAAUGAUUCUGUUAAUUUUCUGUUGGUAAAAGAAGAAAAAAAAACUUUUUUUAUCGUGAAAAUAUUUCCAUUUUAACAUUUUCGCAACGGUUUGUGUUUUGUGUGCGACUGUAACAAAAAGAAGAGACAAACGAAAAUUUAGAUUCGUUUUUUGUGUUUGCUAUUUAAUUUGCCUUUGUGCAAAGAAUCCUACAUGUCAUUACAUUUUCACUUUUGGAUUUUCCAUCAUGUGUUAGAACUUGAUAAUAAAACAACACAAAAACCGUGAACGUUUUGUUUAGUGAAAGGCAGAGAUCCCGAAUCAGAACACAAUAAUUGCGCGAUAUAAACACUGAAUACACCCAGUACACCCACAAUCGUGGCAGUGGAAACAACUUUGAUAGGAACCGGAUUCAUUUAAAUAGCAAAAAUGAAUCGUCCAGCUGCAGUGAAAAAGGAUAAGAUGCGGAUUCGAGCGUUUCCGAUGAACAUGGAUGAAAAGUAUGUGGAGUCAAUAUGGGCGCUGCUGAAGAAUGCGAUCCAAGAGAUUCAGAAGAAAAACAAUUCGGGUUUGUCGUUCGAAGAACUGUACAGAAAUGCAUACACAAUGGUUUUGCACAAGCACGGCGAACGUUUGUACACAGGAUUGAAGGAAGUCGUUACACAUCAUUUGGAAACAAAAAUUCGGGAGGACGUGUUGAGAUGCUUGAACAACAACUUUUUGCAAACGUUGAAUCAGGCUUGGAACGAUCACCAGACAUCAAUGGUUAUGAUCAGAGACAUUCUGAUGUACAUGGAUCGCGUUUACGUGCAACAAAACGAAGUAGACAACGUUUACAAUUUAGGAUUGAUCAUAUUCAGAGACCAGGUGGUCCGAUACGGCCGGAUUCGGGAUCAUUUGCGCGAAACGCUGUUGGAAAUGGUAAUGUUGGAACGUCGUGGCGAAGUGAUCGAUCAUCUGGCUAUCAAAAACGCAUGCCAAAUGUUAAUCAUCUUGGGCAUUGAAAAUCGAUGGGUCUAUGAGGAGGACUUUGAACGGCCGUUCUUGACACAGUCAGCUGCAUUCUACAAAAUGGAAGCACAGAAAUUUCUGGCCGAAAACAAUGCGAGCAUUUACAUAAAGAAAGUGGAGUCGCGCAUCAUCGAAGAAUCGGAUCGUGCCAAACUGUAUUUGGAUGCCGAAACGGAGCCACGAAUUGUGCAAGUGGUCGAAGACGAACUGAUCAAAAAGCAUAUGCGGUCAAUAGUCGAAAUGGAAAACAGCGGCGUCGUGCACAUGAUCAAGAACACAAAAACCGAGGACAUCGCAUGCAUUUACAAGCUGUUCUCGCGGCUCAAGUACGACGGUUUGCGAACGGUCGCUGACUGUGUGUCGGCCUAUUUGCGCGAACAGGGCAAGAUGCUGGUGAAGGAGGAAGAGAACGGAACGAAUCCAAUCACUUUCGUACAGAAUCUGUUGGACUUGAAAGACCGGUUCGAUCAUUUCCUGCAGGAUUCGUUCAACAAUGACAAAAUAUUCAAAAAUAUGAUUUCGUCCGAUUUUGAACAUUUUUUGAAUUUGAACAGCAAAUCGCCGGAGUAUCUGUCGCUGUUCAUCGAUGACAAAUUGAAGAAAGGCGGUCGUGGGAUGAGCGAACAAGAAAUCGAAACAGUUCUCGACAAAACGAUGGUACUGUUUCGUUAUCUGCUGGAAAAGGAUGUUUUCGAACGCUACUACAAAACACACUUGGCCAAACGUCUACUGCUAAACAAAUCUGUGUCCGAUGAUUCUGAGAAAAAUAUGAUCUCAAAACUAAAGACUGAAUGUGGAUGUCAAUUCACUUCCAAAUUAGAAGGAAUGUUUAAGGAUAUGUCCGUAUCGAAUACGAUCAUGGACGAAUUCAAAAUCCAUGUGAAUGCACACAACAUUUCGUUGAGCGGCGUUGAUUUGACAGUGCGUAUAUUGACAACCGGUUUCUGGCCCACACAAACAGCUACUCCCAACUGUACAAUUCCCCCGAUGUCACGCGCAGCAUUCGACACAUUCAAAAAGUUUUAUCUGGCAAAACAUUCGGGACGACAACUGACACUACAGCCUCAAAUGGGAACGGCAUACAUAAAUGCCGUGUUUUAUGGCAGCAAGAGUAGCGAGUGUGACAAGGAUGACGGACCCAGUUCGAGCUCCAAUACGCUAGGUGUACCAACAACAACUAGGAAACACAUUUUACAAGUUUCGACGUACCAAAUGUGCAUUCUGAUGCUUUUCAACAACCGUGAAUGUUUAUCAUACGAGGACAUUCAACAGGAGACGGGUAUUCCGGAGAAGGAAUUACUCCGAGCGAUGCAAUCGUUGUCAAUGGGAAAAGCAACACAACGGCUGUUGGUGCUGAUGAAGCCGAGCAACGCUAAAAAACAGAAAGACAUAAAAAUUGAGCCAACCGACGAGUUCAAAGUGAACGAUGCAUUCGUUUCGAAAUUGCAUAGGUUUGUGUUGUGUGACUGUGUCGCGGAAUUGGUUGCUUUGAUUUGGUCCGUCUUUUUUAGAGUGAAAAUCCAAACAGUUGCGGCUAAGGGUGAAUCAGAGCCGGAACGGAAAGAGACUCGUAGCAAGGUGGACGAGGAUAGGAAGCAUGAAAUUGAAGCAGCAAUUGUUCGUAUAAUGAAAUCGCGUAAACGAAUGUCGCACAAUUUACUAGUAUCUGAUGUAACAACGCAGCUGCGUAGUCGCUUUUUGCCGUCACCUGUCGUCAUUAAGAAGCGAAUCGAAGGGCUCAUCGAACGUGAGUAUUUGGCACGUACACCCGAAGAUAGAAAAAUUUAUGUUUAUUUGGCUUAAUUGAAAAAAAAAACGAAAGAAAGGAAAGUGGAGAUGAUUGAAACGAACAGAAAAUAAUUAAAUUAAACAAAAAAAAUAUAAAAAAACCAAAUUUAUAAAAGCAAAAAUGGAUCAGAGUUAAAUAAAACAAAAAAAAAAUGAAAUAAAAUGAAAUGGAGAAACCUUGAAAGAAAGAGAGAGAAUUUAAACAUAAAACAAAAAUUACGCAAGUGAAGAAACAACGUUUUUUUUCGUUUUUUUAAAUUUCUUUUAAAAAUUUUAUUUUCAUCUAAAGCUUUGCGUUUCGUUUUACAUUGGAAUUCUCGCUGUAACUUUGUCGUUGUUGGCAAUAUAAAUAUGUAAAUUACAAUAAAACGAAUUCAAUUAACAAAUCCCAUUUCACUUGAGUGAGAACAUAAUUUUCCACCGGAACGCCAUUCAGUGAAUAUCAGUGAACCAUAUUAGACGAAGAUGCCGCAAACGGUACAUCUCUCCUCCAUUUGUCUCGUUAUGUUUUCGACAUUCCUUUAUUUUAAUCUAAUGGAUCGAAACGACACAUCAACCCAAUGUCUCUUACCAGUGAUAUCUCAAUUGUGGGCAUAUUGUGUGGUGAUGUGGCUCAUUAAACUAAACGCCAGACAAGUUUUCACAGUGGGCCUCUGUUUGUUUCAAUCGGCGUAUUAGUUCCACAUGCAGAGACGUACCCUUCUCUUUCCAUUUCUUCCAUUCCAAACGGACGUAUGAGUGAUAUGACUCCUUUACGUUUCGUUUGUUGAAAACAUGUAAAACAAAUUGGAGCGGAUAAAACGGGAGAACGUUGACCACGUAAAAAGUUAAUUUUAAGUUUUGAUUAGUUCCUUCGUUUUUUCCUUAAUUUCUUUUGGUUUAGUCAAGAUGAACCUCAGAUCUUCUUGGAUGGGAGUGAGAAGUAAAUCGCUGGCUAUUUAACGGCUAAAUUAUGCUCUAACGCAAGUUGCUUAAGUUGUCAGAAUAAAAAAUUUUGUGCAAAGUUUCAUUGUCAAUUUUUGUGUGGAGAAAUAAUGGAGAAAUUGAUCCGAACAGAGGUGAUCACAAAAAUAAAAAUUCUUUAUCUGAAA